AGUCUCGGUUUGAACUCACCCUAGGAGGAGCACAUCAGGCAAUGCCUUUAAGAACAUCGCCACAUGACGAAGUGUCAAGUUUACUUUACAGUAAAUUAUUUUCUCUGGAGUGGAACUGAAUAUAUGAAAAGGAUCUCUUUGCUUCAAUGUGUGUGACAGAGGAGUCUGGUGUUUUCCAUUGUCAAACACGUACCAGAUGACCAUCCUCGUGUCAACCCUGAUUCAGAGCAAAGUUAAGGUAAAGUGUCUGUGUGUACUUAUUUUCCUGAGCUUUCCUCUGACUAUGGCUGAAGUCCCUGGUCCAUGCAGACACUCGAUUACGAGGGAACACCUGCUGACAGUCAGGCAUCUGAUGGAUAACCAGUUGAGAAGUGGAUGCACGAUAUCCUACACAUUCAUAGAACAAAGAAGUUUGAGUAAAUGUUGCUUUGUAAAAGCUGCUUUACCCUGGAUCUUUGAGCUCCUCACCACCCACUUCAAAUACAGUCGGGGUUCAGUCAACGAUGGCUAUGUUCAGUCCCUGAGAGCGCUCAUCCUCAACAUCUACUCUCAGAAAUGUGUGCCUCAGAUGAAUGAAGAGAUUGAGGAUAAGCCAGAGAGUUUUGAGAUGCUCUACAGAGGGUCUACUUCAGAGGCUCUGCAGAAGGCUGCAGAGGUGCUGUCUGUUUACUGGGAACUGGUGACAACGAGCAAUGCACCAGUAGACUGGAGAUGCCAGCAUGAAUACACAGAUAUGUUUGACUCUACCACAACGCUAUACACAGAGUCACCUACAGAAUAUUUUACAGAAAGUUAUGAUAGGAUCUCGGUGAACGCCUCACAGAGAAGAGCAGACAAAGACCUGUACAAGCUUGGCUUCAUCAUCGUCUCUAUCUGCGGAGGACUGCUGUUCAUACUCACUCUCUAUUGUCUCAUCACCAAAAAGAGAACUCACAACCCUCACAGAUCAAGAUCGCAUACAAAUUCAAGCAGAGACAAUCAGGACAUAGAGAUGGAGCAACAAUAAUGCAGCAAAGAACACAUCGCUGCAGCUGCAGAAGGAGCACUCGUGAAGCUGCACAUUUCAUUCGUCUGAACACUUUUUAAUAUCAGUAUUUUGUGUGUAAUGUAUCAUGCUCACUUAUUUAAUCAGAAGCUUGGCUUUGACUGACAGCAAAGAUGGGCCUUAUUUGGAAUAAUAUGGUAUGUAUAUUGUGUUUAUGCAUUAAGUAUUUGCAGAUAUCUUUUCACUAAAAAAGUUUUAUUUUUACACUAGUUAUAUAUGUUGAAUAUUGUGUCUCCAUUUGCUACAACUUAACCAACUGUUUGUAUUGUUGUUUUCCAAAUAUUUCCACAAAUUAUUUAUUAGUUUGACAAUACAAUCACAAUAUUGAUAAUAAAGGUUCCAUCAAUACAAAAUACUAAAUAUAAUGCUCUCACAUGUUGUAGCUAAAAGUGCAUUCUUAUAGGAGCACCAGGAAAUCAAUUGUUAAGUGUGAUAUUGGCCUAUAUUGAGUUUGACUCGCUUUAUGGGGAGUCAAACAUGUUUUUAUCAAAGUCAAAGGGUCUUGCCAGUGCUUUGUCUAGUUCACCUCAUUAUCAGCCUACAUUGUUGAUCAACUCACAGUCCUUCCAACUUAUAAAACUUGUGGCCAAAGAUAACAAAACAGUAUGGUUUCAAUAAGUAUAAUGAUCAAACACAUAGAGCUGUUACUGGCAGAGAGGUUGAGAUACAAUAUCAAUAGAUACACACCAGUCGCUGCUGCAGCUACACAGGAAAUGUCUUCACUGCACAGGGCGUGACAGCAGGAGUUGGUGGGAAUAAUGUGCUACUAUCCAUUACUCAUAUGCAUGCAUGACAUUUUAUCAAUACUGCAUGGUAGUGGCACAUAAUAGGUUAAUACUGAGAAAGAUUGUAGGAUGGACCGAAAGAAAAACACUGCUAUAACAUUUUGUACAAUGUUCAACUGUGUUGCAAUAUGGUCAUGCCAAUAGAGACAUUUGAGACAGAAAGAAACACAUGGAGAGAGAGAGGGGGAGAGGGAGAGAGGGAGAGAGGGAGAGAGGGAGAGACGGCAGUGCAUGUACAUUCCCUCCUGUAGUCAUGACUUUCACUCAUGUUUACUCAGAUACUGAGUCCUGCCCUGUUUUAUAAUCAUAAAUUGCAUAACGUCUGAGUUCGCAAUGAAAUGUAUUCGUCUCGGAGAGGACCACACCAGUAAAAGAUUCCCACAUGUGAUUGUGUGCAUGUGUGCUGGUCUGUAUUUUUUGAUUUGGAAGAAUCUGUGGAAGGAAACAAACAAAACAGUUCUACCCCACAGCGGCUGCAAAACCGUCUACAACCAGCAAUAUAUCAUCAUCCAUAACACACUUCAUUUCACAGUUUAUCAGUGUGUAAAACUUAAUCCAGCAGUAAUCCAUUCUUCGUCACGAGACUUUGCCCCAUGACAAAACAAGGAAAAUAUUUCUAUAAUUCAAUUUAGUGCCUUUCUGAAGAGUAUUAAAGGCAGCUGUGCAAGAUGAAAAGGCAAGUUGUCUUCAACAAUACAUAUUUGGGAACUGCCUUGGACCAGUUAAAGUUGUCAAAAGAGCUGCCGCCCUUUUUCUCUCCCCCAAUCUCUUUGCUUCUUUUACGUUUCAAAUUAGCGGAAACAUAACAUUUGACAGCAACAAAUAAAUCACAGUAAAGGGCACAAGAAACUCUGAAGACAUGUUUUUUUUCCUAAGAUUUAAUAAGUAUAAAAUGGUCGAUAACAAGAUACAAUUAAAUUACACAAACAAUAUAUGAUUCAUAACUUUCUUGCUAAGUGGAUACAAACUGAAUUGCAUCAAAUUCUCAUGUUGUAAAUCCUGACAUUAGCUAGAGUACACGGCUCAAAAGUUACCACCCGAAAGAUAUUUUUAAAAGCGAGGGUUUAGGUAACCAAAACAGCUUAAAUAACCCAACAGCAGUAGGAUGCAGCUAUUAUAGAAACAUACAUAAUUGUCUUUGGAUAAUUCAGACGCUCAUUGUAGGAGUAAUACACAUGUUUAACCUGUAGACAUAAACACGUUACACAACUUGUAAUGUUGAUAAUGAAAAUAUCGAAACAGACGAACAGUGGAAAACUGACUCAAACUGUUUACUAUAAAAGGCGUUGUCAUUUUAAUUAGUAAAUGUGACCUUGCCAAAUAAUAUUAUUAAUUAUGACAAUCUUGGCUGCCUACAGUUUUAUCACCUUGUGCCACAUGGUGGAGGCAAAGGUCCAAACGGAAUCACUAGCUGAUGACAGGAUGCUUUAUACAGGUGAUAUGUUUCCAGACAACAAGCAGAACCUCCAUGGUUAUUAUGAUGAUCUUAUUAUUUUUGCCAGAAUACCCGAUCUAAUAAUAUAACAGUGUGAGGAAAGGAUGUCAGUCAUCUGGCCUUUGGAUAUGUUGUCUUUGUGAUACAUAUGCCUGUCAUCUGGAUUGGUGAUUAUACAGCUCUGGUAUUUCCCGUUGACUAAUACUGGAAUUGUUUAAUGGUUUGAUUGUGAAAACAGCUUUUAUAACACUGCAUUGUCUUAAAUAUGUUUUAACGCUGAAUAAAGUGACAGGUGAAGAGAGAUUGGAGGGGGAUAAGAGAUGAAGUAAGACAUCGGAUGAGUUAAGAGAUAUCAGAGAGAGCGCAGCAAGAGCUAAACCUCAAUAAAGCCAACGCGCCGCAAACAGUAGGCCGCCUCGGCAGGAAUGUCUUUGGCACUGAUCUCAUUGGCAUCCAAUCGCAGCAUUCUCAGACUGGAGAAGUUUGUCAUGUCGAUGGUAUCGCAGAAACUGCUCAGGGAGAACUCUGAAAGACACAUGAGAGAAAUAUGAAGGGAGGCUGCAUGUUCUUGCUGUCCUGUGAGACUUUCCAGGCAGGAACCAGGAUGUUCACAUCAAAACACCGCCAAACUAAACAGAAUUCUGCUGUGCUGUAUUUCCCACAUGGGAUUUUAAGUGUGUCUUUAUAAGAAGGGCUGAGAUGCUGUAUUUCUCACAAUCCAUAUUAAAGCUACUCUUGUUUGAUUAAA